AGACACCAAAGUAUUGUGCAAAUAGAGAGAGCUUCCGGUCUUUGCCUCUGUUGAGUCUAAACCUCUCUUUACCACCUUCGCCUCUCUGAAAUUCCAAAGCGAGCCCGAAUGGCCGGACAACCUGGAGGAGCUCCGAGUACUUACUCGCCGUCCCCCACGACCCGGAAAACCAAGUCACUCAUCUUCCGAAACGACGACGUCGAUUGGGUCCGAACCGAUGGCCGUGAAUUCCACCAAUGCAGACCUGCAUUUUUCAAGACUGGUGCUGUAAACGCUGCUGCAGGAUCUGCAUAUGCAGAAUUUGGAAAUACCAAGGUCAUUGUUUCUGUAUUUGGUCCAAGAGAGAGUAAAAAGGCAAUGAUGUACAGUGAUAUAGGGCGGUUGAAUUGCAAUGUCAGCUAUACAACAUUUGCCACUCCAGCUCGUGGACAGGGGUCAGACCACAAAGAGUUUUCUUCAAUGCUUCAUAAAGCUUUGGAGGGUGCAAUAAUAUUGGAAACUUUCCCCAAGACUACUGUGGAUGUUUUUGCAUUGGUAUUGGAAUCUGGGGGCAGUGAUCUUCCUGUAGUAAUAUCAUGUGCUAGUCUUGCCCUAGCAGAUGCAGGGAUAAUGAUGUAUGACCUUGUCGCCUCAGUCUCUGUGUCUUGUCUUGGAAAGAACCUAGUCAUUGAUCCUGUUUUGGAGGAAGAAAGUUACCAAGAUGGAAGCUUAAUGCUUGCUUGCAUGCCUUCUCGCUAUGAAGUCACUCAGCUAACUAUAACGGGGGAAUGGUCAACCCCAAAAAUUAAUGAGGGAAUGCAGAUAUGCCUCGACGCCAGCGCAAAGCUUGCAACAAUCAUGAGGGAAUGCUUAAAAGGACCUGAUUCUGCUUUGGAAGAAUAGAUUUUGACUAAUUAUACAUGAGAAAGCGUUAGGUCUUGAUUACUGUACUUUUUUUCCUUUCCCUUUAAAAUUGAACUUCGAGAUAUUUGAAUUGCUAUUUUCUGUUUCUUCCUAAUGUUCGGUCAGAUGCUUGUAUAUUAUUUGGUCCAAUUUUGAAUACAGAUUUUACCUCCAA